CUACCAGCCUUUGCGGGGAGUGGUUGUGUCGCUCGCCUCGCCGUCCGAGCGUAUUGUUGUUCGUAAUUUUACAAAACUAAGUGUGACGUGUAUUAUAUUUCAACUAUUCUGUUCAUCGACGAGUAUAUGAAGUGUAAAAUGUGUUGUGAUACAAACGUGUUGGUUGUACUAAUGUGAUUUUGAGUUGGAAACAUUCGCCGCACAAGCCGGUUCAGAACUCGAGGUGAGCCUUUCAUUAUGCGAGCUCGAAUCGAAGACUGAAUGAACUUUGGACCCAGCUGUAUCUGUUCAUUUGACAUUCAACGGGAAUGAUUUUAUUUCAACAGACUUGAUCAAUGGCGCCUUGCAGUUAUAUAAACUCCGAACCUCAGAUAUGUAAGAAGACUGACGCAGACAACCUACAAACAAACAUUUCUACAAACGAAACGAAAACAAUGAGAAGUUGCAGAGACGGGGCCUUCAGAAUAUCCACGAUGGCGCGGUGCGUGAAGAGGAUCGCUGACGUCAGCACGUCCAACGCUUUCUUUGUGAUCCUGUUGUCAGUUCAGCUGCUGGCGUGGCACAGCGGCGCGUCGGCGCUCGCCAACUGCCCCGGCGGCUGCAGCUGCAACGAUGACACUCUCGUCGUGGUCUGUGAAGAGAGCCGUCUCGACGUCCUCCCCAUAGCGCUGAACCCCUCCAUACAACGGCUUAUCAUUCGCAACAAUAAAAUCAAGACCAUCGAUGCAUCGAUGCAAUUUUAUACUGAACUACAACAUUUAGAUUUAUCUCAGAACCACCUCGUCAAUAUCCCUACCAAAAGCUUCGCGUUUCAACGAAAGCUUCAGGAAUUGCACUUGAACCACAACAAAAUAUCAUCUGUUACGAACACCACGUUCCAAGGGCUCAAUUCCCUCACGGUGUUGAAUUUGAAACAUAACUUCUUAGAAGAACUCACGAACGGCGUCUUUUCCACUCUCCCAAGAUUAGAAGAACUAAACUUAGGGCAGAAUAGAAUAUCGAGAAUAGAACCGAGAGCAUUCUCUGGGCUGUCUGCAUUGAGAAUACUCUACUUGGACGAUAAUCAGUUGAGCUCAGUGCCGACGGCUUCCUUCAGCUUGUUGGGAAGUCUGGCGGAACUGCACGUUGGACUUAACGCCUUUUCAUUCCUUCCCGAUGACGCCUUCGCUGGUCUCAACAGAUUAGCUGUGUUAGACCUAAAUGGAGCCGGUCUCUCAAACAUUAGUGAAAACGCAUUCAGAGGUCUUCCUGGUUUAAGAAGUCUCAAUUUAUUUGGAAAUCGGUUGAGUGUAGUGCCCACUGAGCAGCUGUCGAGUCUCACGAGAUUAGAAGAAUUAUACGUCGGCCAAAAUGACUUUAUCGUUUUAGAAAGUCAUUCUUUUAGGGGAUUAAAAAACUUAAAAUUCAUCGAUGUAACAGGUGCAACUCAGUUGGAACGUCUCUCUAAAGGCAGUUUCGAAGAUAAUUUAAACUUAGAAACGAUAGUUUUAUCAAACAAUAAGAAGUUAGCGAUCAUAGAAGAGGGAAGUCUUCUGGGCCUUCCGAAACUGAGACACGUAUCGUUGCGAGAUAACGCCAUUAUAAGUUUGAGCGAAACGACGUUCGUCGGUAAAGAGCUCAAGCAACUAGAUUUAACCGACAAUCCCAUUUUCUGCGAUUGCCAACUGCUCUGGCUUCGUGAACUUUUAAAUGAAAAAAGCAAUUUUACGCAAAUCCAGUGCGCUAGCCCGGAACACUUAAAAGAUAAAUACCUGAGAACUCUAACCGCCGACGACUUGGGCUGCGUGUUGCACGACUCGAGACAGCAAACUAUCAUAUGCAUCAUUGUCGUGGCCUGCGUGGCCACCAUAGCGACUUUAGUUCUAAUUUUGUAUAGAUAUCGAAAGAGCAUGCAGGAGAAGCUGAAGGAUUACAAGUGGAACAAGGGACGAAAGAACUUAGAGUACCACAAGCCGAUAUCGACGGAGGAGGACUGCAUCCUAGAGCUUUACGCCUCCCCGAGCGUGUUCUUCAUGUCAGGCGGCCAGGGCUCCGCGCGCCGGCCGCCGCGCUCGGGGGGCGGCGGCACGCUGCCCGCCAACGGCUUCACGUACAUCGGCGGCGACGCACGUCCGCAGCAGCCGCAGCAGCCGCUCACGCUGAACAACGGCGCGCCCGCGUCGAUCCUCAACAACGGCUCCCUGCGUUCCUUGCCCGACAAGAAGAGCGGCCGCAACGGCGUCGUGUGCCACCCGGAGAGCUUCCAGCGGAACCUGGACGCGCGCUACUCGCGCAAGCAGGAGAACGGCUACCUGCGCGGCUCCGAGACGGUGCUGGGGCUGCGCGAGCGUGAGCGCGAGCGCGCCUACGAGGGGCCGGCCUACGAGCCCGAGUACUCCAUCAUCCCGGAGGUGUAUGGGCGCGGCGACUGCCCGCGCUCCUGCAGCCACUCCAACACCUUCAACUGUUGAGGGCGGCGAC